AUGCCCUCUAUGGGGACGCCUUCUGAGUUGUCCUGUGAAGAUGGAGUAGAUCACUUCGCCGACUUUGAUGGCACUCAUACGCCCCAAGAAGAUGGAGGGAGACGUGAAAGUGUCGAAAAGAGACCCUCAUGCGUUGUAUCGGAGAAUGAGAACGACCGCAAUGACCAGGAAGUGAAUCAGAGUGAACGGCAACACCAAGGUGGGAACAGGAUCAGUGAUCAGGGGAAUUGGAUGAGGAGAAUAUGGGUGUGGCUGAAGAAGAUUGCCGACACAUUCUUGGCGCGCACAUUUCGUCUGGUCCUCCACCGUGGAGGUGGCUGA